UUUUUCGGUAAGACAAGUUUUUAAGGAACGUUAAAUUUCUCAAUAGAAAAAAUGUAUUAAAACAUGUAUUGAUUAACUCAUAAAAUGAGACUUACAAAGAGAUAUGUUUGUGCAGCAAUAUUAAUUACUUCAUUGUUUUGGAUUAUUAUUGAUUUUACUGCUUUGUUUCUGACUGGUUCAGAAAAAGUAUCUUUAACAAGAAACUAUGUUGAAAAUGAAAUUUUUGCUGAUGAAACAACAAAAGUUAAAAUAGAUUAUUUUAGAAAAUUUUAUAAAAACAUUUUAAAUCCAGAACCUGGCAGUGCCGGGAUGGAAGGGCAAGCUGUGUCCAAUUCAGUUAAUGAAAAGGCUAUAGAAGAUAAAAGCUUUGAUGACUAUGGAUUCAAUGAGUUAGCAAGUUCAAAGAUCUCACUUGAAAGAAGUAUUCCUGAUAAUCGAGAUUCGUCGUGUUUUAAUGUAGAUUAUCCUGUAAAACUUUCUACAACAAGUGUAAUUGUAAUUUUCCACAAUGAAGCAUGGUCAGUUCUCCUGCGAACUGUACAUACAGUGUUAGCUCGCUCUCCACCUCACAUGUUAAAAGAAAUUAUUUUAGUAGAUGAUGCAAGUGUUAAAGAAAAAUAUGGUCAUCUUGGUGAAAAGCUAGAGAAUUAUGUUAAUACUUUAUCUAAAGUUAAACUUAUUCGAUCUCCUGUUCGAGUUGGAUUGACUCAAGCUCGGUUAAUUGGUGCAGAUAAUGCUGUUGGAGAAGUAUUAGUUUUUUUAGACUCUCACUGUGAAGCUAGUUUUGGUUGGUUGGAACCAUUGCUUGCUAGGUUACAAGAAAAUCCUAAGCUUGCUGUUGUACCGGAUAUCGAAGUUAUUUCUUUCAAAAAUUUUGAAUAUAGUUCUGAGAAAGGUUCAUACAACAGAGGAAUUUUCAGUUGGGAAUUAAUGUUUAAUUGGGGGCCAUUGCCUCCACGUGAAAAGAUGAGAAGAAAAUAUGAAUCAGAUCCUAUUAAGUCUCCAACUAUGGCUGGUGGUUUAUUUGCUAUGAAUAGAAAGUAUUUUUUUGAAAGUGGCGCUUACGAUCGACAGUUAACAUACUGGGGAGGUGAAAAUGUUGAAAUGUCUUUUAGGUUAUGGAUGUGUGGAGAAGGAAUUGAAAUCAUACCAUGCUCUCGUGUUGGACAUGUUUUCAGAGAACGAGCUCCUUAUAAAAGUCCAGAUGGUUCAACUGAUCAUAACAGUAUAAGAGUAGCUGAGGUUUGGAUGGAUGAGUUCAAAGAAAUAUUUUAUUCAUUUCGUGCAAAUUUAAAACCAGAACAAGGUGGAGAUGUUAGCGAGAGAAAAAAACUUAGAGAAGACCUUAAAUGCAAAAGUUUCAAAUGGUAUUUGCAAAAUAUAAUUCCAGAAUUAGAGAUUCCAGAUAAAUAUCCAUAUGGAAGAGGCGAUGUAAAGAAUCUUGGAACAUUGAGUUGCCUUGAUACACUUGCACAAAAUAACCAGGGGGGAAAGCCUGGAUUGUAUCCUUGUCAUAAAAUGGGAACAAAUCAGUAUUUUAUCUUUACAAAAAAGUUUGAAAUAUGGCAUGAUGGACUGUGUUUGGACCUAAGUGAUAGUGAUCUUAAUGCCAAAGUAAAGUUAUGGCCUUGUCAUAAGCAAGGGGGUAAUCAAAAGUGGAAACACACCAAAAGUGGCCUAAUAAUGCAUGAAUCACGGAAAAAAUGUUUAGAAGGCCAAGGAGAUCAAAUUCUUAUUCGAGCAUGUGAUACUAAUAAUGCUAACCAGCGAUGGUUAUUUGAACAUUAUCCCUUCGAGGAGAAAUCUCCAAAUGACAAAGAUGACUGGCUGUAAGAAGUACUAAAUAAAUAUUCGACAUUAAACUAAAA